AUGGUGUCGACUUCUUCACCGCAGUAUCCGCGGGUAAAGCUCCCGCACCCUUUCCUCACUUCAUAUCGCAUCACCAGCGUCCCCAGUAACGCAAGCACUGCCAAGCUCAAUCUGGCCUUUGACGAUCAGCCGUCGAAUGGUCGUCCUCUCCCCCAGCCUCUUCAUCUGGAUACCUUGACCUGGCAGGAGCUCUCUCUCAUCCCCGAGAACCAGCGUUCACUGGUCAAUGACAACACCCCAUGGGCGCGAGCCCGCCGCAGCCCACACACUACAUUCGAAUGGUCUGGCGACAGUGCGCCUUCGCUUGGUCAAAUCUGGAACGUCAUCCACGCGAUCAACCUUACCCACCCAACAAACGAAUACUUCCGUCUUCACCUCCAAGGCGCCGGAAGCGAUGUCAUCCGCAGCGAGCUGCUCACCACAGGUCUGGCCACUGUGCACCCAAAGCCAUUUCAGCACUGGUCCAAAGGCACCGAGGAGUUUGACGAGCUCCUGGUUCUCCGAAGCUCCUUCUGGCAGGGCGCCGCCUCUCCGCUGGGCCCUCGGCCGAUCUGGGUGAUUGGCGAUGGCACAGAUGGCCCCGUGCGAGAGGGUCUCGCAAACUACCCGAUUAUGCCGGAGAACUACCAGAUCACAUCCAAGUUCCCUGCCGAACCCGUAUAUACUCGACAUCCAACACGCCGUCCCAAGCCGUACCCCGGGUCCAUCGCCUACAGUCGCUAUAUCCCCGAGAUCGACGAGCAUUUCUCCCUCGAGGUUGUGGAUUGGCAGAACCUAGAGCACUUGAAGUUGUUCAAUACAUGGCAGAAUGACCCCCGGGUGGCGAAGGGGUGGAACGAGACUGGCACUCUGGAUGAGCAUCGGGAGUAUCUGCGCAAGUUGCACUUUGACCCCCAUGUGCUGUGCUUGUUCGGUCGCUUCAAUGAGUCGCGAUUCUCUUAUUAUGAGCUUUACUGGUCGAAGGAGGACCACUACGGUGCCCACUAUGACGCCGGCGACUACGACCGCGGCCGACACUCUCUUGUCGGUGACGCAUCAUUCCGCGGAGCGAAGCGAGUCAACGCCUGGUACUCCAGUUGUAUUCACUAUUGUUUCCUUGAUGACCCCCGAACCGUCAACGUGGUCGGCGAGCCCAAAGCCAAUGGGCCGAUCAUUCUCUCCUACGAGAACUCUCAGGGUCUAACAAUCGGCAAAUAUGUUGAUUUGUGUCACAAGAGAUCGGUCCAUUCGAUUGCCAGCAGGGAAAAGUGGUUCCAGUUGUGCCCGCUCUGGUGGGACGGCCGCGAACGACCGCUCGAAUCCGCCGAUCGUGCCGCUUGGAAUGCGAAGCUGUAA